CCAGGAAGAUGCUGUUCUUGAAAGUAGCUCCAGCUCCUUGGGCGGCGAAGAGGAAGCGGAAAAGGCUUGCAGCUCCGAGAGUCGGCAGGGACUUGGAAGUUGUUGUGACAAGUUGCUUUCAGAAGAUGAGGACCAGCCCACAAUGGCGCCCGAGACGGACCACAGUUGUUUCUGGUUAGGGACCUCGAAGGCGACAUGGACUGUAUGUCCUGCAAGGGGAGUGCCGUACUAUCGUAGAAGUGUGUAAUAUAAUGGAUUCUUGCAUUUUUUACAAUUUUUUUCCAAUCAUAAAAGAAUUUCCAGCAAUGCAGAUCGGCCUAAGAUGAAAGCCACGAGAAGCGAUUUUCUGUCAUGGCAUGACCGCCAUUAUUUAGAUUUACGUGCACGUGUGUGCGAUAGUACUUUUGCAAAGGAUAGGCUAAGGCUGUCGACAAUGUCGCACAAAAAUUGUAUCCACUCGGAUCGAUUCAGCGCACAGUGUACAGAAGCAGAGUUGCCGAAAUAGAGGAACAAUACAGAAACGCCAGAAUAAAUAGUCCAAAAGAAACAUCGUCGUCGGCGUCGGGAUCAUCUUCUUCGCAACUGAAUAGCUCGCCGGCGGCCGAGGACGCUAGCAGUGCUACCUCCCGAUCUCCCACAGUACCAGCACAGGCACAGGGAAAUGGAAAAAUCGAGAACAUCAAGAGCGCUAGAAGUUGUGCUGCACAUGAUAAAACCUCUCUCCCAUCUUCUCCUUCUCCGCCAUGUUUCGCGUCCGCGCCCUCCUCUGGCGUGGAUUUUUUCGAACCCAACGGCACGCAUCUGAACCUGGAAUUUGAAGACCUCAGCGACUUGCUGCACGACAAAUCGACUUUCGGAAAAGGGUCGCUCGAG